AUGGGUUCUAGAUUAAGCAGACAGAGUAGUCUGGACAAUGAGAAUUUUACGAAAAGGCGUCACAAUCAUGUUGACAGCAUAGGAGAAAGCGACAGAGAUGGAAGUCGAGGCGGAGGCGACUUUCUGUUUACAAUAAUGCUGAAAUCAGACAAACUGCCCGGGAUGCUGCGGAGGUCCAACCACAGUCCCUACGUGAGGCGAGUGGCAUGGAUCCGAGAGAUACAAAAGCUGCUCCGUGAUCGCAGGAUAGAUCAGGCAACCGACGUGCUCAAACUAUUGAGGAAGGUAAGGACAAACUACAGUAUCUACAUACAUUUAAUUGGAAUUAUUGCACACGAAUUAAGCAUGAUUGCGCACAGUAGGCCUACAUCGCCUGCAUCGAUCUGCUGUCAUGACAAAUACCUGUCAUCGCUAUGUGUUUGGUCAAUCCCAUUGUAACAACUUUGAUUUAAAUAUUUCAAACAGAUACAUUGCAGAUACAUAGCGAGCAUAAUUUAGACUGUCGUGGAUGAGUUAGAAUAUUACACAUUUUGUAGGCGCUCUACAUUAUUUAACCUCCUGACCACACAGUGCCACAGGUGUUCCUCCUUUUGACCCGUUAUGGAAGGAGGUGUUUGUAAACUAUUAGGCCUGCCCACUACUCUCACUGUCAGCCCUGGCAUCUGGUAAUUUCCUUGGCACCACUAUAGACCGUAGUAUACAGGUGCUGCUGCUAUUUCAAAUAACUAUCACAGUUACUAUUCACAAUAUGAUAUACAUAACAUAUUGCACAGAUUUGUCUGAGUGCUUGCACUUUUUCGGAGUUUCUAAUAAUAGCAGAAACAGGAUGCCAUACCAGUUUAGAGUGAAUCUGGCAAAUAUAGAGUGAAUCUGGCAUAUAUAGAGUGAAUCUGGCAUAUAUAGAGUGAAUCUGCCAUAUAUAGAGUGAAUCUGGCAUAUAUAGAGUGAAUCUGCCAUAUAUAGAGUGAAUGUGGCAUAUAUUCUCAUAAAUAGGCAAUGCUAAGUGCACAUGGGACUCUAAGUGUCGCUGUCUGUAUAAUUAUUUUUUCACUACAUUAUAUUAUGCCAUUCCACACAUGUAAUGAUGUAAUGAUCAUGUAAUAUGCUUAGUAUUGACAUUUGUAGGCACACCUGCAUUUGGCCAAUUUAAUUUAAUCCUAUUUUGACUGUGUUUCGUCCUUAAAUGGUUAGUGAAUUUGCCACUGCAUCUUGCGUUGGGUUGAAAUGAAGUACAAAUGGGGAUUUUCAGUUAUGAAUCAAGUGCAAUCGGCAUGUGUAAGCCACACCCUCCACAGUCCCCCUAACUCACGUCACAGUCUCCUCUACUGACAUGUCACUGGAUGACUACUUUUCUGCUGCCAGACCAUUCUCUGUAAUGGACCUCAGCAGUUAUAGUAGGAGAGUGAGCAGUUGAUGGUUCCAGAAAUACAGAAAAUCACCCCAUUUCAUAUAGAUUAAUUCAAGUUCUGCCUCAGGUAUACAUGGGAUAUUUUUAUGUAGAUUCACAGAGCUAAAAUAUAGCACGUAACAUUGACAUAGUAUUUGUAUAUAUUUAAUUGGACCAUCGUACUGGUAAUGAUUGCUACACAACAUGCUUAGUAGUACACUAAGACACAGGAAUGCAUGAUGGCUUGAAAAUGCCCUAGCAUAAACCAUUGUGUCAAGUUUGGAUUUUGAUCUAUUUAUUUGCUAUCUACGCAUCAUGUUUUUAUGGAAGGAUCAGGAUUUCAAAACAUGUUAUCAGCUGAAAAGUCAUUUCUAUAACAAUACCGAGGGUAUGACAAUAAGACUGUUGAUGCGCAGUAACAGUAUCUAUGAUAGUCCUGUUUGUUAGCUCAAGCGUAAGCCCCUCUCUCUUUCAGGCAUUGUCCAAUCUGUAGUUAAUUAUGCUGAAGACUUGACAGAGGAGAGCGUAGAAGCUCCUUAAUCAACGCAAGGAGAUAACCCAGGGUGCCAAAGCUGCAUGACAGCCACAUCACAGGGGACCCUGUUUAGAUUUAAUACGCCUCACAUUAUCAGCAUUCAGGCUUUUGCAAAUGGGAACGUGUCUCAAAAAUGAUAUUCUGGUUUGUAACUCAAUUAAAAGAGGUGAUAAAUCAUCCACUGUAUAGUUAAUGGCCGUGCUAUGGUUAGGUUAGAGUUACUGUAACAACUGAAUGAAGAUGCACAUGUAUAGGCAACUGAGUUCAUAAUGUUGCAUCUGCAGUAAAGUGGUUAAGUCUAUUCUUCACAACAUCCCAUUAAAAAAUACUCUUCAUUGCUUCAGACGUGGUGCGGUUACAUCUGUAUUGAUCAUGUUUUAAUGCCUCUGAGAUGAUCAGAUGUGGGCCACAAGGACAAACAACACAGAAGGGAAUUAUUUGUAGACCUGUCUUCUCGAAAAAAGAGUAGGAGCUUCUCGCGCGUUUUGUCUCAUUUGUGUUUACUGUUGCUCUUGUUAAAAAGGGAAGUCAGUAAUGUGUGGCUGCCGGCUUCCCACUCAAACUGUCCGUUACAAUCAAGGCCUUUUGUUGUGUAUGUGUGUGUGUGUGUGUGUGUGUGUAUGUGUGUCCAUCCUCCCUGUCUCUCAUUUCUCUCUGUUUGUGCACGUCCAGCUCUACCCCUCACAUACACAGGCUAAUUAGGCCUUUGCAGAACUGAGGCUCAUGAACAGCUGUCCUAUGCAGCCUGUGGAAAUUGUUAUUUUCUGUUACAUUUCUUCUCUCCUUAAUUCAUUAUUCAUUCACCUCUUAAAAGGUGUAUGCAAAUCUUUUAAUCCAGUUGGCUCUGAUUUGUACGUAGCUUGUUACGGGCAGCAUUCUCACUCAAAAGCCUUUAACUCUACCUGUCAUGUAGCAACUGUUUGGUGUCUGUCUGCCCUACAAAAAUGUGUCUGCACCAUUCAUGGAUAAGUUGUUUUUAGACUAAUGUUUAGAAUGUAUUGCACAAUGGCAGACCUAAACAAAAUGCUUCAUUAAACAUCAAAAGAAGAAGCAAAUGCUCAUCCAUCAUUGAAUGUUUAUUGAACUCACAUAUACUGCAGGAUUCAUCAGAAGGACACUAGUUAGUGCUAAAGUUAGAGAUACAGGGUGUGCAAUACUGUGGUACGCUAAAGCUCUCUGCAACUCCAAAUCACUGAGGUGUGGGUGGAUAUCCCAAAAGAAAUGUUUCUGCCUGGAGCAAGGCACAUUAAGCACAUUACUGUAUUCAGGUAGAGCUCUCUGCAGAUGAAAGCCUUCGCCCCCUUCAAUGAAUAUUUUUAACAAAAACAAAAACACUACAGUAGCAUCACAUUAUUAUCUCUGGAAAGUCUCAAUAUCCUCUUUAUACCGUAUAUUUUUUCCUGUCAUUAAAACAGAUGUGUCGUUUUGAUCAUAUAUUUCAUUUCACAAUAUAGCCUAUGAUCAGUCAGGUGUGUCUGUGAUAAUGCUGCUGUCGUUACACAAUUAAUUGUUUUCAUGAAAUACAAAAAGCGAUAACUGUGGCCUUAAGGCACUAUGAGUUAUACUGUCUCUUCUUGUCUGAUUUGGCAGGAUCUGGGCAUGGAAGGCACAUCCCUCAAUGACAUUUUAUAUAAGAACGCUGCUUUUCUCAACCUGGUGGACCCCAUCUCCCAUGAGCUGUUGCUCAACCUGGCUCGCGAGAUGCAGUGUCCCAAGAAGGUAAGCUCUCCACAACACUCACCUCAUGGCGUAUUGUCUGCUUAGCUUGGAAUCAAGCUUCCAGAAAUCAAGACGUCAAGAGAACAAGUCAUGAAUAGAAUGAAAUGCUGUUACAAUACAAUCAUUAUGGGGGAAGGUCUUCCACAUUGUCUUGCAACUGCUUCUCCUCAUGGUUUGGCUUUAUAAUGAUUGGUCCUAUAAUAAUGUCUGUGUAUUAUUACCAUACAGACGAACUGGAUGUUGUUUACAUAAAGUAACGCCAGGGUAGUGGGUUCGAUCCCCGGGACCACCCAUACGUAAAAAUGUAUGCACACACAUGGAUAAAAGCGUCUGCUAAAUGGCAUAUUAUUAUUAUUAUUAUUAUUAAAGAGAUUGAUAAAACAAUGAUAGAAUAAUCUCUCAGUUAUGCAACAUUUACACAUGAUGGCUAAUUGAAACGUUGAAAUGGGAUGGGGAUGCCGAAAGUAACCGACUUUACAUAACAGACAAUGGAUAGAAAUAACAAGAAAAUGUGUUUACUAGAUUUAGUAUUGAAUCUGGCCUCUUUCUUUCCAUCCCUCCUGUUUUCCACACUGUUGCACACCGCCUUUGAUUACUUUUACUUUGUCCUUUCAUGAUCUAAAGCUGUAUCUCAAUCAAGAAUGUUCUGGUAGAAUGUAUCUCAAAAGUUUAGCGGUUAUAUAAUGUGCUGUAUUUUGCUUCUACUGUAUGUGGUCUCAAAGAGUGACAACCAUAUUUGGAACUAAACUAAAAAGAGGGCCUCUGGUAUUCUUUUGUUGAUAUACUUGACUUUUCAUUCUGUGUUUUGGGUGAUUUAUCUUCCCACAGAAGGACGCUGACACCAUCAAGUCGUCAGAUAAGAUCUGCAGACAGCUGAUCUACCACCUGACCCCUCACUCCAAGUGGCUCAGACAGAGCAUGUCCAGACGGAAGUCCCAGGCCUGGUAAGCCCCUCCAUCUAGCCAUACGUCUUUCACACAUAGAGCCCCUGCUCCAUGAACCCUGACUCCCCAAACUGCCCAAAUUCUAAAACCGCCAUUUGAAAUGGUGCCAAUGCCACAACCAGACGUCUGACAACCACCCUAGACAUCAUCUAAGUGGGUUUUGAGUGGGUUUGGCUGACAUUCAAUAGGGCUGGGACACAGCGGCCUCUGGACUGGCCAGGCAGGGCAGGACCACAGAGACAACCAGAAGUGUCAAUCAUUCCUCUGUUUCAGUCCUCUUUGACUCAGAACAGGCCAGUCUCCAUACAGACUACAAACGUGGCCAGUUUGGUUGGGAAGAAAUAGAGGGGGUGUAUAAAAAUAAGAUCCAUUGGCACCUUAGAUGAAAACAGGUUAUUUAUAUCAACCGGUUUUCUUAUCAUCAUACUGCAUUGAUGUGCAAAUAAUUAAUAUGGAAAUAGCUUGCAAAUGAAUUGACAGGUUCUUCUGUAUCUAGGUCUUUAGUAAUUCUAUACACAAAAAAAGCAGGAUAUGAUUACGCUUGUUCCAGUAAUUGCUAAUUUUACAUUUUUACAGAUGGAUAGACAGUGGAAACAAUCAAUUUUCUAAAGUAAUCGAAAAUAAGCAGAAGAGAACACGAUCUGAUGAGUCGGGCUCAUUGUGCUUCAGUCUGAGGUAACAGCACGAAAAGACAAACAGAGAAUAAUAAGUAAGUAACAAAAGGAUAGUAACAGAAGGAUCAAGUCAAAAAAUACAUUGAUUCCCGUGUGGCGCAGUGGUCUAAGGCACUGCAUCGCAGUGCUAGCUGUGCCACUAGAGAUCCUGGUUCAAAUCCAGGCUCUGUUGUAGACGGCCGCGACCGGGAGACCCAUGGGGCGGCGCACAAUUGGCCUAGCAUCGUCCAGGGUAGGGGAGGGAAUGGCCGGCAGGGAUGUAGCUCAGUUGGUAGAGCCCCCGUAGGUUAGAUUCCCACAGCGGGCCAGUAUGAAAAUGUAAAAAAAAUAAUGUAUGCGCUCACUAACUGUAAGGUUGCUCUGGAUAAGAGCGUCUGCUAAAUGACUAAAAUGUAAUUUCAAUAUCUCCUUGUCUUGCUGCAGAACUACUUUUAAACUCAAGCAAGGCUUUAAUGCGCAUGUGGACAUUGAUGUCACCCUGAUUUAGGAGAGACAUUAGAUUAGGUUGAGACUGACUCACUGACAGCAUAUUAGAGUAUGUGAGGAUGUGUUCCCAUGUUGAACUUGUAGUUGAAGUGGUUAUUUUCACUGAGUAAUUCAGCUGGCUCCAUAAAACCUGCAGAGAGCGACUGUCUGACACAGUCUGAGGCAAGCAGCAGGACAAACAUUAGUCAUCACCUCCCAUUGCUUGUUAUGUUCCGCUCUAGGGAAACUACACUCAAAUGGCACUUUCUAAGGUGUUCCCCUAUUCAGAGUUAGUUGAGUUGUAGCAAAGCACAAAAUAAAGGAUUUCUGUUUCUGCUAAAAUAUUAUUGAACCUAGAUAUUAUCAGUCGAGCUCAUUUUACUUGAGUAUAACUUUUUACAUUUCUCACUACUAGGCCGGGCUGCAAUUCUUCCUUGAAAUUGCUGAUUCAAUUGUGAUAGGAGUUACUGCACAAGCAGUCGCAAAUAUAAUGCUAUGCAAUGCACACAGAUAGGCAGCUAUACCACCCUGCUAAACAAAUGCAUAAUAACCACCAACUAUAAAGUCUCAUCACAAUACAUCUAGCUGCUAUAGCUAUAUCCACAGAUCUUUCAUGGCAUAUUCUGUUUAAAACUGUUUUUUUCUCUCCUGGCUAAUUUGCAAAUUCCUCUUCAUAGGUUUAGACAUACUCUUUAUUUGUAUACUACCGUAUAUGAGAUUAAUGAGGAUACAGGUUUAGUAUAUCUGAGGUACAUCAUAACAUGUCAGCUCAAUCCACAGUGGCCCUGUACACACAGGAGACAGUUGAGGAUUAUGACAGUUGGCAACCUUGCAUGGCCACUUUCUCUCUGUCUGUCUGUCACAUGUUGAAAUGUCAGUCCUGCAGCCAGCCAGUAGGAGUGCAGCAGACACCUGGGGUGAAGAGGGGGCAAUAAGGGGCAGUAACCUGACUGAUCAGUCUGACUUGACUUGACAUUCUGCUCCUGUCCCUCUGCUCUGUGUUCUACUGUGGCUGAGAAGGGAACAUUUACAUUUGACAUUUUAGUCAUUUAGCAGAUGUUCUUAUCCAGAGUGAUUUACAGUUAGUGCAUUCAAGAUAGCUAGGUGGGACAACCACAUAUCUCAGUCAUAAUAAGUAAAUUGUUCCUCAAUAAAGUAGCUAUCAGCAAAGUUAGUGCUAGUAGGGGGAAAAGACAAGUGCAAGUGUUAGUUCACUAAAGGCAAAUUGUUUUGGGGGGAGGGGGAUUAUUUAAGAUACUCUUUGAAGAUGUAGGGUUUCAGAUGUUUUCGGAAGAUGGGCAGGGAGUCUGCUGUACUAGCUUCAGGGGGAAGCUGGUUCCACCAUUGGGGUGCCAGGACAGAGAAGAGCUUUGACUGGGCUGAGCGGGAGCUGCCCUCCCGUAGGGGUGGGAGGGCCCAGAGAUCAGAGGUGGCAGAACGGAGUACUUGGGUUGGGGUGUAGGGUUUGAGCAGAACCUAAAGGUAGGGAAGGCGGGGAGCCCAGCCAACAGCAAGUUGCAGUAGUCCAGACAGGAGAUGAACAGAUGAAUAAUAGAGAGUGGUGCUUUAAACAUUAAUGACUUUGCAAAAACAAAAUUAUGUUAGCUGUGCAGUAGCCCAGGGGAGAUAUGGGGAGAAAAUUGACUCCUUGAAGAAAUUAUUCUCAACUAUAGCAUAUAGCAGGAUUACUUUUUCAUGGCAAUCUGUCUCUGUAGGGGCUCUUCAUUUUGACAGUCAAUAUAUUUAGCUGAUUAACAUGCCCAGGGAAUUAAAAACAGUACUUUUGUGUUUAUUCUGCAUGAUUUAUGAUUGAAUCCUGACAUCCACAUACAUUUUUUCCAAUUACAUUUAUGAAUGCUUUAAGUAGCCUAGUUUCAGUGAUUUGAGAUUCCUGGAAACGUCAGACCCAGAUUGGGACAAACAAUGAGCCAUCUAAUUUACUGUUAAAUUCCUCUGGAUUUAAUGGCCACAAUACUGAUUCUUUGAAAAAGGCUGUAAAUUAGUGUAGGGCUCAAUGAAGAUCAUGUUACUAGAGAGAGAGAGACAGCGAAAGAGAGAGAGCGCUCGCGAGAUGAAAGAGGCUCUUUAUUCAGGGACUGAGACAUUUAUUUUCUUGUUUCCAGAGCACAGAAAUAAUGUGUCUGAGGAGCAGGGAAUGCGCAGAUGAAGUUUAUGUUGCUCAUCAUCACACAUUGCUUCUACAGUAUAUUGAAUACAUCAUAUAUACACUAUACUGUGCAGUAUAAAGCCUGGUGUAAAUAAAUGUCAAUACGUUAUAGCAUCUCUCUAUAUGAAAAAUGCCCUCUAGUUGAACAAGUGGCAGGUGGUGCACUGGAUGUCACUGUAAGUCACUGGGUGCUGGGGGACGUUGUAAUUCAAACCCACACUAAAUCAGAAACUCAGGGCUCUUCCAAGACAUAUUACUACCAACCAGGCUGGAGAAUGGGGAUUGGUUAAGCACUGAAGUUCUCAAACAGUAUGAAAUAUUUGGCAUAUGAGCAAAGGUUGUUAUAGGGUGGUAUGCAGAUGAUAUACAGUGCAUUCGGAAAGUAUUCAGAACCCUUCCCUUUUUCCAAAUGUUGUUAAGUUACAGCCUUAUUCUAAAAUAGAUUAAAUAAAUAAAAUCUACCCACAAUACCCCAUAAUGACAAAGUGAAAACAGAUUUUUAGAAAUUGUUGCAAAUGUAUUAAAAAUAAAAACAGAAAUACCUUAAUUACAUAAGUAUUCAGACCCUUUGCUAUGAGACUCGAAAUUUAGCUCAGGUGCAUCCUGUUUCCAUUGAUCAUCCUUGAGAUGUUCCUAAAACUUGAUUGGAGCACCUGUGGUAAAUUCAAUUGAUUGGACAUGAUUUGGAAAGGCACACACCUGUCUAUAUAAGGUCCCACAGUUGACAAUGCAUGUCAGAGCAAAAACCAAGCCAUGAGGUUAGAAAGAAUUGUCUGUAGAGCCUCGAGACAGGAUUGUGUCGAGGCACAGAUCUGGGGAAGGGUACCAAAACAUUUCUGCAGCAUUGACAGUCCCCAAGAACACAGUGGCCUCCAUCAUUCUUAAAUGGAUGUUUGGAACCACCAAGAAUCUUCCUAGAGCUGGCCGCCUGGCCAAACUGAGCAAUCGGGGGAGAAGGACCUUGGUCAGGGAGGUGACCAAGAACCCAAUGGUCACUCUGACAGAGCUCCAUGGUGGUGGCAGGAUCUUGCUGUGGGGAUGUUUUUCAGCGGCAGGAACUGGGAGACUAGUCAGGAUCGAGGGAAAGAUGAACAGAGCAAAGUACAGAGAGAUCCUUGAUGAAAACCUGCACCAGAGCGUUCAGGACCUCAGACUGGGGCAAAGGUUCACCUUCCAACAGGACAACGACCCUAAGCACACAGCCAAGACAACGCAGGAGUGGCUUCGGGACAAGAAUGUCCUUGAGUGGCCCAGCCAGAGCCCGGACUUGAACCCGAUUGAACAUCUCUGGAGAGACCUGAAAAUAGCUGUGCAGCAACGCUACCCAUCCAACCUGACAGAGCUUGAGAGGAUCUGCAGAGAAGAAUGGGAGAAACUCCCCAAAUACAGGUGUGCCAAGCUUGUAGCGUCAUACCCAAGAAGACUCAAGGCUGUAAUCGCUGCCAAAGGUGCUUCAACAAAGUACUGAGUAAAGGGUCUGAAUACUUAUGUAAAUGUCAUAUUUCCUGUUUUUGCUUUGUCAUUAUGGGGUAUUGUGUGUAGAUUGAUGAGGGGGAAAAAACAAUUGAAUCAAUUUUAGAAUAAGGCUGUAACGUAACAAAAUGUGGAAAAAGUAAAGGGGUCUGAAUACUUUCCGAAUGUACUGUACAAAUGUAAUGUGUUUGUAUGAAGCAGAACAGUGCAUUAGAUCAAUGGUCUCUCUUCCUUAUUGCUCAGAAUGAGCCAUUGCCAUGAUAUUCCAACUCCUGAAAGUCAGCAUUAAAGCAACAUCAAGGUGCAAUGCCUCUAAUAAAAAUCUAACUGUGGACACCAAGAUCACACAAAUGUAAUCUUUCAAAGGGUAUGAGGAUUUUUCUCUGAUAGGCUCAUGCUGUGAGGCCAUGCACUGAAACGGAUAUCCAGCCAUAAGAAAAUGUUUUGCUUAUCAGUCACAUGUAUUCACAUGUAUUCAAUUUCCAUAAAAUGGAACCCACACCUGCCAUUUACAGAGAAGAAGUUAUAUCCACUGAAGCAGCACAAUUUACGCAAUCAAAUGCAUUUUCUAUGCUGGUAAAAUUAGUUAAUUCCAUGUUUUCUCUUUGAUGGCCUACAAAAGUGUUAAAUAUUUAAGCUUUUUAUCAAUCAAAUAUUUCUGCCAGGCUCUCCUGCUGCCACAAUCCCAAAUCUAUAAUGUCUGUCUAGACAUUUUUUGUUUCAUCUCGUUUCAAUCAUUAAAACAGGUUGGUUUGGCUUUCAAAUGAAGCCAUUGAGUGUUUUUGUGUCAUAUAAUCAGAUGGUGAAUGUUUUUCGCUCUUGGUGAUAAGGACAUCAAUGCUUUUCAUUCUCUGAAUGAGGAGGUUGGGUGUUUCGGAUGUUUUGGCCCUUCACUGUGUACACUGCUAAAUCCUCAUGCUGGAGAAUCUAUGUCAGCCUUCCGCUCCAAGCGUGUCCAACCCCCCUCCUUUAUACAACACAGAAAACACAAUAUGACACGAGGGCCAUGUUCCCAGGUCAUACACAUAGAUGAUACAAUUAAGACCAAAAUGUCAGUACUCAGCCCCUCUAUUUCCCUCAUUCAUGAAAAAAAGGUGCUGUCUAGAACCUAAAAGGGUUUUUCGGCUGGCCCCAUAGGAGAACCCUUUGAAGAACCCUUUUAGGUUCCAGGUAGAAACAUUUCCACAGAGGGUUCUUCAUGGAACCAAAAAGGGUUAUACCUGGAACCAAAAAUGGUUAUCCUAUGGGGACAGCCGAAUAACCCUUUUGGAACCCUUUUUUCUAAGAGUGUAAGCUCUGAGAUAUCUUAACUGAGCUAUUGUACUUUCAUAUCCAAGAAUGUCUCAAAUAAUGGUCAAUAUCCAAUACUUUUUUUUUCUUUACAGUCUCAAGACAACCCUGCAGAGAAAGGUAUCCACUGACACAGUCGACUUGUCUGGUAUCCCUCUCUCCAGUCGAGACGUCCGCCACGUGGCCUUCUACCUUCAGAAUAGUGGGGAAGCAGUGGUGGCUGUGGAUAUCAGCUUCACUGAGCUCCAGGAUGAGAACCUCCGUGUCCUGCUACCCGUCCUGGGGUCUCUGCCCAAACUCAACACCCUGGCCCUCAAUGGCAACCGGCUGACCCUGGCCAUAGUCAAAGACCUGACUGAGAUCCUGAAGGACCCCAAGAAGUUCUCCAGCCUGGCUUGGAUCGACCUGGGCAACAACUUGGACAUUUUCACCAUGCCCCAGCCCCUGUUAGUGGCCCUGCGUCGCCGCUGCAGCCUGAAGAACAGCUUGCCCACCAUCUACGAGUACACAGAGGGCCAACCCUACUGCUACCACAUGGAAACCUCCAUCGAGGAGCCCAGCCACUACGAGGAGGAGGAGGAGGCAGGGGAAGAGGGGGAGGAAGAUGAAGACGAGCUGGAGCAGUGGGGUAUAGGGGGGGAAAAGGUUUCAAAGGACUUCACCCUACGCUACUGUGAGAGGUGA